AUGUCGCUUGGUGUAAAUGCGUUUGGAAAAUGUAAAUACUUGAAAUCAGUUAUACUCCCUCCAAAUAUUUAUAGAAUAGAAAUGAAUUGUUUUGCUAACGAUUACAAUUUAACAUCCAUCGAUUUACCAGAUUCUUUAGUUUUUAUAGAAUGCCAUGCAUUUGAACAAAGUGGUUUAGAAAUUAUUAAUAUUUCACCUAAUUCUAAAUUAGAAGCAUUAGAUUAUAGUUGUUUUGAAGGAACAAAACUUUCUUCAAUUUUUAUUCCGAAGUUUGUAAGACCAUUUGAGACAAGAGUUUUUGAUGAUUGUAUAUUUUUAGAAAAUAUAACAGUUGAUCCAGAAAAUAAAAAUUAUAAAAGUGAUUCUAAAUCAGUUUAUAGAGGAACAGAUAAUUCUACAUUAUUUAAAGUUGUUAGCAGAUAUUUAGGUGAAUAUAUUGUUGCGAAACAUGUUACAAAAAUUUCAUAUAAUUGUUUUUCAUAUUGUGUAAAUAUAUCAUCAAUUCAACUUCAUAAUGAAUUAACAUCUAUUGAAGAGUAUGGGAUAUCUAAAUGUACAUCAUUGAAAAGUAUAAUAAUUAAAGGAAAUAUUUCUAAAUUAAAUAACGGAAUAUUUGCACAUUGUUCAUCAUUGCCAAAUAUUAUAAUCCCAGAAAUAAUAACUGAUAUUGGUAAAUACGCAUUUUAUAAUUGCACAUCAUUAACAAAUAUUACAAUUCCAAAAUCAGUGACAAAAAUUGAUUCUAAUACAUUCAGUUAUUGCAUAUCAUUAACAAACUUUACAAUUCCUGAAACGAUAACAGAUGUUGGAGAAUAUGCAUUUAAAAAUUGCACAUUAUUAACAAAUAUUACAAUUCCAAAAUCAGUAUCAAAAAUUGAUUCUGAAACAUUCAGUUAUUGCAUAUCAUUAACAAAUUUUACAAUUCCUGAAACGAUAAUUGAAAUUGGAUCUGAUGCAUUCAGUUCUUGCACAUCAUUAGUCAAUAUUGUUUUUCAUGAGAAACUAACAAGGAUUGGACCUUAUGCGUUUGGUGGUUGCACAUCAUUAACAAAUGUUUCAAUUCCCGAGUCAAUAAACCAUAUUACAGAUGGUUUAUUUCAUCAUUGCAAUUCAUUAACAAGUUUUAUAAUUCCAAAUAAUGUAAAGCAUAUUGGACGUGGUGCAUUUGCCAAUUGUAGAUCGCUAACAACUAUUUCAAUUCCAGAGAAUGUAACAUAUAUUGGAGAUUACGUAUUUGGAAAUUGCAUACCGUUAGCAAGUAUAAUAAUUCCAGGAAGUAUUUCGAAUAUUGAAUUUUAUGCAUUUAAAAAUUGUACAAAUCUCAAAAGUAUAUAUUUCCGAAAUAUAUCUAAUUUCAUCAGAUUUGAUCGAGGUGUAUUUUCUGAUAUUCCAAAUCCGAUGAAUAUUUAUAUUCCUGGAAAUUUUAAUCUUAUUGAUCUUUUUGAAAGAAAUAUAUUCCCAAACAGAAGUCAUUUAUUUGUUACAAGUCAAACAAGAUUAUCACAAUUAUGUAAAAUUCUCUUUGGUGAAAAGUCUGUUUAUGUUCAUAUGCAAGAAAUGACUCAUAUUCAAGAUAAUAUAACAAACAAAGUCAUCGAAUUCAUAGCGAUUGAUAUCAUAUAUCAAAAAACAAAGCAUAAAUGUGUUUAUGAUAAAACACAUUCGUUAUUUCUUUCGAAUACAUUUGCAUGUCUUAACAGAGGUAAAUAA